CGGGGGCGGAGACAGGCCUAGGGGCUGCUAAGGUUCCGAGGGUACUCAGCGGGCUCAGAACUGGGCAGCCCCGGCGCAGGGGGCGGUCCCUGCGGGGAGGGCGGGGCCCGACGGGCGCUUGGUGUGGACGAGGCCAUGAACCCGCAGCCGCCGGGCUAGGUCCCGGGCGGCUCUAGCCCAGGGCGGCCCGCGGAGGGCUGGGCCUGGCCUCCGGCUCCGGUUCCCGGGCCGGCGGGCGGCCGCUCACCAUGCCCGGCAAGCACCAGCACUUCCACGAACCCGAGGUCGGCUGCUGCGGGAAAUACUUCCUGUUUGGCUUCAACAUUGUCUUCUGGGUGCUGGGAGCCCUGUUUCUGGCCAUUGGUCUCUGGGCCUGGGGUGAGAAGGGCGUUCUGUCCAACAUCUCAGCGCUGACAGAUCUGGGAGGCUUUGACCCCGUGUGGCUGUUUGUAGUGGUUGGAGGCGUCAUGUCGGUGCUGGGUUUUGCUGGCUGCAUCGGGGCCCUCCGGGAGAACACCUUCCUGCUCAAGUUUUUCUCCGUGUUCCUCGGCCUCAUCUUCUUCCUGGAGCUGGCGACAGGGAUCCUGGCCUUCGUUUUCAAGGACUGGAUUCGAGACCAGCUCAACCUCUUCAUCAACAAUAACGUCAAGGCCUAUCGGGACGACAUUGACCUCCAGAACCUCAUUGACUUUGCUCAGGAAUACUGGUCUUGCUGUGGAGCCCGAGGGCCCAACGACUGGAACCUCAAUAUCUAUUUCAACUGCACUGACUUGAACCCCAGCCGGGAGCGCUGUGGGGUGCCCUUCUCCUGCUGCGUUAGGGACCCUUCGGAAGAUGUUCUCAACACCCAGUGUGGCUAUGAUGUCCGGCUCAAACUGGAGCUGGAGCAGCAGGGCUCCAUCCACACCAAGGGCUGCGUGGGCCAGUUUGAGAAGUGGCUGCAGGACAACCUGAUCAUCGUGGCCGGGGUCUUUGUGGGCAUCGCCCUCCUCCAGAUCUUUGGCAUCUGCCUGGCCCAGAACCUCGUGAGUGACAUCAAGGCAGUGAAGGCCAACUGGUGAGACUGCCAUGCUGGCCAUGGCCACCUGCCUGGCCUUCCCAGGGACCCUCCACUGUGCCGUGAUGGGCAAGGCUGCAGGAGGCGUUUCUGCUUGGACCUGAGCCCCACACGGGGCUCGUGUGCGGGUGUGCUGUGCGCCCGCGGAGAAAGCCACGUGGCUCUGCCCAGGCUGCCUGUCCUGGAGCUGUGUGCAUGGAGGCGCGUGUGUCGGUGUGGGUGUGCACAGGGAGCCACUUCUUACACGUUGUGUGCUGAGCUCUCCAGGAGACUAGGAAGGGCCCAGGCUGGGGCACACUGUGCAUGGCGACGGCGGGGUGGGCUUUGGGGCCUGCUGUUGCCAGAAACAGCCUCAUGCAGCUCCAGAGCUCCCUUCUCUAUUAGCUGUGACCUUGACCCUGCCAGGAGCCCACUUCAGCCUCAAUGUCUCAGACUCUAAAAUGGGUCCAAGAAGUUUCUCUUCCUUGCUUGCCUCUCAGGCUCAAACAAGAUGAUGGCUACAAACUACACAAAUAAACAAAACCUUGAAAACCCCUGGCUUACGCCCACCAUCUCGAAGGCUCUGUCAGCUUCAGGGCCCCUGGCCUGGACCCACCCUGCCCUGUUUUCUUUGGCCUGGGUCAUGCAUACAUUUGAGCCACCCUUUAAAACUCGGUAUAUUUCACAUAAAAGUCCACAUCCCCAGCUUCUCGGGAAGAGGCAAUCUGACCCCAGCAACUCUUCCGUGGCAGAGUCUCCUGGGACACACAGUCCCUGCUCUCGGAGGCCCGCCUGGCCCAUUCCUUCUCACCUCCGUGCCCUGCCCAACUCAUGGACAGGGGGGUGACCUCCCCCACCUCUGUAGGGUUAUUCCUUGCUGACACUGCCAGGCUGCUGUGGUCAAGCCUGGAGUGAGGCCCAGGGAUGGGAAGAUUGGGGAGGCUGGACCCUGCCCUGAAGGGGCUGGUGAAGGGGCCGACCCUUCUGGGACUGAGACGGGUGCCAGAAGGCCCAGGAGGGUGGCUUAGGGGUAGUAUAGAGAUCAGCAAGGUUUGGGGAAGGAAGUAGCUGGAAGCCCAGAGCUGGGCACCCAUGGGGUUGGGUAGCCUGGUUGGGCGGCCGUCGAUGAUUGUUGACUCCUGGGUUCACUACUUGGAAUCAAAUUCAGAAUCUUCCCCGUGGCCUGCAGAGCGGCCACCAGAGGGCGCACCAGCACAGCAUUCCCUGUGUCUGGCUUUCCUCUGGCAACCUCGGGGUGCAGCCAAGUGCCUGGUGUGUCCGCCCUGCUUACUAGUACUUUGGGUUCAGGAGCUUGACAGCUUCAAAAGGAGCCAACUGGCUCAGACUUGGGGAAGUCUAGCUGCUGCCCCCAGCUCUGCCUCUUAGCUGCAUGGAGGAGUGUGUGUGGCGUGACUGUCGUAGCACUCCCUGGGCUGCCCUGUGUGGAUGAAAGGAGCGCUUUGGGCUAGUUCCCAGAUCUCAAACUCAGAUGUCCCGAGGGCCAGAACGCUCAUAGAUGAAUGAAGCAGGCCUUUGAGUAGUGAGGCCUUUGCAGUACCUUUGACUUUCCUAGUGUUACUGGAGCUGGGACACUGUUUUGUGACGAGCAGGUUGAUAAUGGCAACUGGCCUCGGGAGACGAUAGGGUGUGUUGGGGUGCAGGGCAAAGCACAGAUCCCCAUCUGAAGUUGGUGGCUGUCAUUAAGUUGUAGCUAAGUGCUCUGAAGUAACAAUGCAGGUCUAAUGUCACAAAUCUGGAGAAACAGAAAUCCAGAUUUUUAUGUAAAAUAUUUCAACUUUUAAGUUGUUGGCAACUAAUGAAAAAAAAUUUAAAAACGCUGCAAGCCAAACAAAAAGCGUGGGGGCCGGCUUUGGCCCCUGUGCCACUGUAGACCUCUCUGGGAUAGUCACCCAUCGGGGCCCCAGCUGCUCUGCCAUUCAGGGAUGCUGGUAGCUGCUGCCAGGUGGGCAGGGCGUCGGGCAUGCAGCCAGCAUCGUGGCUCCCAGAUGCAGGCUGGACGUGUCCUGGGUCCCUGACAGGCGCCGGCUGCAAGUGUUUUAUAGAUGUUACAAUAAAUGCAAUUCACAGUAUUGUGCACGUGU